UCGAAUUCCACGCAGCCAUAAAGGGUGGAAAGAGAGUGGGGUAGAGAUCGGAACUCGGAAGUCUCCCUUCCCGAAGUUUUCUCUGCUGUCGCGUGAUCUAGGGUUAGGGUUUUCGGGUGGGGAUGGCGCAGGGGAGGCGGCAGACGGGGAUGGUGAAGUGGUUCAGCGGGGCGAAGGGCUUCGGCUUCAUCUCCCCCGACGACGGUGGAGAGGACCUCUUCGUCCACCAGACCUCCAUCCGCUCCGACGGAUUCCGCACCCUUGCAGAGGGCGACGCCGUCGAGUUCGCCGUCGAGCACGGCGACGACGGUCGCUCCAAGGCCGUCGACGUCACAGGCCCCCAUGGAUCCGCCAUCUCCUCCGCCGGAGGCGGAGGGAGGGAGUACUCUGGCGGCAGAGGCAGGGCAAGCGGAGGAUACGGCGGAGGGUACGGUGGGGGUUAUGGAAGCGGCGUCGGCGGUGGAUACGGGAGAGGGUGGAGGAGUGGGGGGAGAGGCGGGAGGAUGGGCAGCGGUGGAGGAUAUGGCGGCGGCGGAUAUGGAGGCGGCGGAUAUGGCGGCGGGUAUAGCGGUGGUGGCUAUGGUGGUGGUGGGCCGUGCUAUAACUGUGGGAGGACUGGGCACUUGGCUAGGGACUGUACUCAGGGAGAAGUCAGCGGUGGCGGCGGAGGGAGGUACGGCGGCUAUGGCGGCGGCGGCUAUGGUGGAGGCGGCGGCUAUGGCGGAGGCGGCGGCUAUGGAGGAAGCGGCAGCUAUGGCGGCGGCGGCGGCGGGGGUUGCUAUAACUGUGGAGAGCAAGGUCAUUUUGCGCGGGAGUGCCCUAACGGCACAUGAAGUGAAGUAAUUGUAUUUGAGUGCUUUCCUAUAUGAUUGUAUCCUGGAUUAGAUCUCCUCUUAAGUUUUCCCUUUUCUUUAGUUGAUUUUUGAUCUCGUGGUUUCUGCUUACAGAAAUAUAGGGUUUUUUUUUCCAGGUUUAAUAUUUUUGGGAUUUCAUGCACAUGUUUUAUAUGGAAUUAAUGAAGCCUUUUGCUAUGUGGAUAUGUUCGAUUUAAGCUUCUUCAUUUAUUAUGAGA